AAAUGAUAUUAUUAUAAAAAAAUUCAUGUACAAGAAAAGCGCCAGUAACAAAUCUACAAAAUGUCGGACAUGAUCAUAAAUGAUUCUGUGCCAGUAGAUAAGAAAUGGAAUGAACUUAUUAAAUAUAAUAUAUUUAUAAUGAAACUGGUUGAGUUUGUUAUUUCAGUGGCUCUUAUGGUAGUGCCGUUCAUGGUCUCCGGCACUACGACGUUGCACUGCUUAGCUGUGGCACCCACUCUCGUCCUCUCACUCCUGUUCAUCAUACUGUACCUAGUGGAUCAAGUGCAUGAUCUAGCCGAGCAGUCGUACUUGAUUAUCCAAAUAAUAUGUAAUGUGUUAUCCGUUUUAACCGGUCUGUGGUCUAACAACGCGACAUUGGCAUUGAUUGGACUGUUAAAUUGCCAUUUAAUAUUUAUUCUGACAAUAGAUCUUUAUUGGAUUACUAGGGAGAGAGGGUUUGCUCUAGCCAAGCUAAAAUAAAGUAACAUUUUUAGAGGCAAAAAUGCUUUUAUUACUAGACAUCUUUGUUUAUUAUAAGACCUCCAAGCAAGCAUCAACUGAUAUUAGAGGUUAUUGUCAUAAUGACACUUGCAUAAUUGCAUUCAAAAACUAAAAUUGAAUAGUAAGUGUCAUGUUACUUUUAGGUAUUGGCACUCGUUCUCAAUAUAUUACCAUUAUUGGUGGAGUCACCGGGCUUCUUGCACUGCCUUGCGUCCGGACCCACCCUUGUGCUGUCCGUAAUAUUCAUAGUACUCUACCUUGUCGACCAGGUACCAUUUGAAGCUGAAAUGUAUUAUGCUGUCUUUCAAAUAGUUUUCAACACUCUGAGCCUUUUAAAUGUUUUUACAAGGGCCAGGUGGAUAUUGAGUAUUUAUGUAAUAUUCUACAUUGACUUAAUUAUAGUUCUUGCGUUUGAUGUUUAUUAUAUGCAUAGGGAAAGAGGGUGGAAUUUUUAAUUAAAUUGUUUCUGUAAAAAGUUGUUUAAUUUUGUAACAUAGUAACAUGGUAGGAAGUUAGCUGUUGAUAAAAUAAGUGACAGCUCCCCGCUAACUGAUAAGGAAGUGGGUGAUAAGACAUGUGUGCUAAUAAGUGCCAUAAACGUAAAAAGUGCUUGACAAUUGCUAUGUUUUUCAUCAUCAAACUGUGUUUAAAAAUAUACAAAAGACUAUGGCGAACAACUUUGAAUGAAGUAUUGUGUGCAACAUUAUUUCUGUGUAUCUGUUUUGUAAUUUGGACUUUUAAAGAUUAUAGAAAAACUAAUAAUUUUGGGCAGUCAGAAUAUCCAGUGAUAUUGUGGUGGACUAAAGGAUUUCCUGGCACUUUGGAAACUAAACACUGUGCACAAGAUAUAAGAUGUUCUAUUUACAGCAAUGGAAGUGUUCCACAUGGAAAUAAUGUUGAAGCUUAUUUGUUCUAUGGGAGUAACAUUGACUUCAACCAUUUACCAUUACCAAAGAAGUCUGAUCAUAUUUGGGGUUUGUACCAUGAAGAAUCCCCGAGGAAUGUAGAGGAGCUAAUGCAUGAACAAAUACUAAGAAUGUUCAAUUACUCCUCUACCUUAAGUAGAUACAGUGAUGUACCUUUUCCUUUACAACAUCUGGAAUCCAUUGAACAUAUUACUAAUGAAGAAUACUUUGUAACAACUUUUGAAAAGAAUAUUUAUUUAAAUGAGAUAGCUCCAGUUAUGUAUUUACAGAGUGAUUGUGAGACAUCGACUGAGCGAGAUGCUUAUGUGAAAGAACUAAUGAAACAUAUAGAAGUAGAUUCUUAUGGAAGUUGUCUGAACAACAAAAAAUUGCCUUCAAAGUUUGUUGAUGAUUAUUUGAACCAUUUGAGUGAUGACGAAUUUUUAAAGUUUAUUUCAAGAUACAAGUUUAUAAUAGCUAUAGAAAAUGGAGUUUGUGAAGAUUAUGUGACUGAAAAGUUUUGGAGAGCAAUAAGAGUUGGUACAGUACCUAUUUACUUUGGAUCUCCUUCUGUAAGGGAUUGGUUGCCAAAUCAAAAAUCGGCACUUUUACUGGAAGACUUUCCUACGCCAAAGCUUUUGAGUGAACAUCUAAAAAAGUUGUUAGAAGAUGAUGUGUUGUAUGAGCAAUAUUUAGAACAUAAAAUUUAUCAAAUAAUUACAAAUGAACGGUUGAUUACCGACUUCAGAAUGAGGCCCCAUCAAAUGGAUUCAUUGAAGACUGUUGAAGAAUUUGAAUGUUUCAUUUGCGACAAACUACACAAACAAAGAAAAGGAAUUUAUGAUAAGAGAAUUGUAGAUAAGAGACACUACAACUGUCCAAAGCCACUAUCAGCUUUGUCAUUGGCUGUUAAUCCACAAAACGAUUGGGUCUUUUCUUGGGAGCUAGCCAAAAAGAGAGCAAAAGAAAUAUAUGAAAGACUCACAAAUACAAACUAGGAUCAU